AUGUUGCUGAAGCAGACGUUCACUCAGCAGAAACGGGUGCGUCUCGCCCAGGGUCUGUGGCUGCUGUCCUGGCUGGCAGUGAUGAGUGGGGCCUUCAUCUUUUGUCUGGGGGUUUAUCUCAAGACAGAGCUACUCCGACGGGCCGAGGUGAUGGAUAACACAGAGAUCCAUGUGGUGCCCAACAUACUGAUGAUGGUGGGCCUGGCCUCCAUAGGCACUAACUGGGUCGCCAGUCGAGUUUGUCAGGACUCCCUGGAUGCAAGCCGCUUCCCACGUUGGAAGACUCUCCUGCUGCCCUUGUUUGCCACAGCUGCAUUUCUCUGUUGUCUCCUUGUCACUGUCGUGGUACUCAGCUACGCCCUACAGGGACAUCUGGAGGAGUCCCUGAAGGUGGGUCUGAGGAACGGUAUUCGUUUCUACAAGGACACAGAUGUGCCAGGCCGCUGUUUUCAGAAAGAGACCAUCGAUCGUCUGCAGAUGGAGUUUCGCUGUUGUGGAAACAACAACUUCAGGGAUUGGUUUGAGGUUCAGUGGGUCAGCAACAGAUACUUGGACUUCACCACCAAGGAUGUCAAAGAUCGUAUCCGGAGUAACGUGGACGGGCGUUACCUGUUGAAUGGUGUUCCUUUCAGCUGCUGCAAUCCCGCCUCUCCGCGCCCCUGCAUUCGGUACCAACUGACAGACAACUCAGCCCACUACAACUACGAGUUCCAGUCAGAAGAACUGAACCUGUACAACCGUGGCUGCAGGCAGGCUCUGGUCGACUACUACAUAGGCAUUCUGAAUUCAACUGGUCCUGGUGUGCUGUCAGUCAUCUUUCUACAGAUCUCAGUCCUUGUGAGCCUGCGGUACCUGCAGACGGCUGUGGAAGGAGCCAUGGCUCUGGAGGACCCAGAGGGCGAAAGUGAGGGUUAUCUCUUGGAGAAGGGCUUAAAGGAAACCAUUGAAGAAGCCAAAGCCAAUGUCCUCACCAUGCUAAAGCUUGGGCAGGUUGACCCUGAAGGGUCCCCUGAGGAUGAAAACGCAGAGAAGUCUGAUAAGGAUACCAGCUAG